AAUGGAUUUAUUCAGCUUACACUUCCACAUUGCUGUUCAACACCAAAGGAAGUCAGGACUGGAACUCACACAGGGUAGGAACCUGGAGGCAGGAGCUGAUGCAGAAUCCAUGGAAGGGUGUUGCUCACUAAAUUGCUUCUCCUGGCUUCCUUGGUUUGCUUUCUUAUAGAACCCAGGACCACCAGCCCAGGGAUGGCACCAUCCACAAUGGGCUGGGCUCUCCUCCCUUGAUCACUAAUUGAGAAAAUGCCUUACAGCUGGGUCUCGUGGAAGCAUUUCCUCAAGGGAGGCUCCUUUUUCUGUGGUUGAUUCCAGCUUGUGUCAAGUUGACACACACAACUAGCCAGCACAGGCACAUACGGGGAAGAAAACAGGUCAUAGGGCUCUAGAAUGAGGGUUAAAACAGGUCAAUUGAUAAGUUGCCCUGACACCAUCUCUGACUAAAGUACAACCAUCCUGCGGGUCUAGGCUACUGUCUUAUCAGCAUCAGCUGCCUUCCUGUCUAUACUGGCUAGUUUUAUGUCAACUUGACACAGGUAGCGAGUUAUCAGAGAGGACGGGGCCUCAGAAGAGAAAAUGCCUCCAUAAGAUCCAGCUGCAGGGCAUUUUCUUAAGCCGGAGGGCCAGCCCAUCGUAAGUGGUGCCAUCUCUGCUCUGGCAGUUCUAAGAAAGCAGGCUGAGCAAGCCAUGGAAGGGAAGUCAGGAAACAGCACCCCUCCAUAUGGAAUGUGAGCAAAACAAGCCAUUUUUUCCCCCAAGUUGCUUCGGUCUUGUUUCAUCACAACAACAGUAACACUGAGACACUUUUCCUCCCAGAUUCUGGAGGUAAGGCUCUGCCUGUGGCCCAGCCCUGAAUGUGGCCUUAGGGAGCUGUUCUCCUGAGCUAACCACUCCUAUGAGACUUCUGGGGGUGAACCAGUGGUGCGUAACUCUUGAAGGAUGAUUUGUCACAAUUAUUCAAGACUUCCUGGAAAACCGAGCCCAGUCCCCUAAUGAUUAGGUUCAACUCUAGGGCAGCUUAAUAUUGACCUGAGUCAAUAUUAAGUACAAAAUGAAAAAGCAUUCCAAAGAAAUGUUGGGUUCUGUGGCUACUCUUCUUUUAUAACCUCAGUAAGGGGAUGCCUUGCACCUCAAAUCAUGGCGCUGAGACUUGGUGGAGCCAAGUAGCUGCCCCUAAGUACUGCCACAGCGGUAAUUGUUGCUAGUGCAGGAGCAACUGUCUAAGUUCUGAAGCAGCAGGUUAUGGGUAAAAGCUUGACCUGAUUGUUCCUCUUUCCGCAAUGGGUACUUGACCUACUUAACUGCACAAACCGAAUUUCCUUUGACUACCUUUUAUCCAAGACUGAGAAAAAGUGGGCCAGAGGCGGCAAAAAUCAGAGCAGCCCUAACAGGCGGCAAACAGCAGUCUAUACAAGGUCUGAAGCCUCUUCAUCUCCCUUCUUGUCCCUGUAUGAAACCUCUAGGUUGGAACAGGAACAGAGAACAGCCCCUGGCUGGUUUGCAUCCUUCCUGGGAACUGGAAGAGCAGGUUCCAGAAGGAGAGUGCUAUCACUGUCCUCCUGGCAGUGAAUAAUCGUGGAGCCACAAGUCCAGGUGGUCACCAUUCAGUUAACAGAACCAUAGCCUGGCCAUUUAGGGGUUCAAAGAAUGCUACAGCCGCAUUCCGUGGCCAUGUAAGAAUUCACAGCGUCUAAUUGUUUUGAGACGAGUGCCCGAACCCGGCAAGUUACAACCCCAAUGACACCUCUGCCUCCCCAGGACAAUACACCCGCCACCACGACGGAGGGGUAACAACAGGAUUUGCUGAGCCACUUCCUCACUGGUUCUUUCAGAAGACAGGGAGGAACCACCGGUGUGCCAAGUUCCUGCCUCACACCGGAAGGAGCGAAGCAUGCUGGGAAGUAGACAACGCCUGUGAUCAGCGAUAUGUGCUGGAAAUGGUGCUGCACGCUGGGAUAGCACUGGCAAAGCGACCUAAACCAAAGUGACUUUUCAGUUUCCUGUGGUCCCUUAGACUCCGAGUUCAAGUGGCUACAGCCUCGUUGUCCGGGAAUUGAAGCAAACUGAUAUCAGACUAGCGCCGCCUGGUUAGAAACAAGGAGACCACGCCCUCUCGCGAGAGCGGACCCGAGUCCUGCACGACCCGAAGCUGGAGCGCGUGCGUGGUUAGGCUCUGUCACAUGACGCAAGCGCGGUUCCUGAUUGGCUCCAGCCCGGUUACCUAGACAACGGAGCUCGAGGCGCUAGACAGCUCUGCACCAGUAGGUCUCGCGGUUAGCUAAGCAGCCCAGGUUUGCAGCGAAGGCAGCGCACUCGCUUCCGGGCGGCGACCGAGUCCAGGGGCCGCAGAUGGGAGCCCAGGGCGCCGAAGAUGCGGGCGGUCCGGGCCGAGACGCGGGCGCGGGAGCUCUUCCGGGACGCCGCAUUCCCCGCCUCGGACUCCUCGCUCUUUUACAACUUGUCCACGCCUCUGGCCCAGUUUCGGGAGGACAUCACUUGGAGACGGCCCCAGGACAUUUGUGCCACACCUCAACUGUUUCCAGAUAACCCAUGGGAAGGACAGGUGAAGCAAGGGCUGCUGGGGGAUUGCUGGUUCCUGUGUGCCUGUGCCGCCCUUCAGAAGAGUCGACACCUCCUGGACCAGGUCUUCCCUCCAGGACAGCCAGGCUGGUCUGACCAGGAAUACCAAGGCUUCUUCACCUGUCGGAUUUGGCAGUUUGGACACUGGGAGGAAGUGACCAUAGAUGACCGUCUGCCUUGUCUUGCCGGGAGACUCUGCUUUUCUCGAUGCCAGAGAGAGGAUGUGUUCUGGCUUCCCUUACUGGAAAAGGCCUACGCUAAGGUUCAUGGAUCCUAUGAGCACCUGUGGGCAGGGCAGGUGGCAGAUGCCCUGGUGGAUCUCACUGGCAGCCUGGCAGAGAGGUGGAGCCUGAAGGACAUAAGGAAAGCCAGCGGCCAGCAGGACAGACCCAGUGGUGGAGAGCACAGAGCCUGUCAGCAGCUACUCCGUCUCAAGGACCAGUGUCUGCUCAGCUGCUCUGUGCUGAGCCCGAGAGCAGGUGCUAGGGAGCUCGGGGAGUUCCAUGCCUUCAUCAUCUCAGAUCUGCAGGAGCUCAGGAGUCAGACUGGUCAGGGUAUCCUCCUGCUGAGGAUUCACAACCCUUGGGGCCGGCGUUGUUGGCAGGGCCUCUGGAGAGAAGGCGGUGAAGGGUGGAACCAGGUAGAGCCAGCUAAGGAGUCUGAGCUGCUGGCACAACUCCAGGAAGGAGAGUUCUGGAUAGAGGAAGAGGAGUUCCUCAGGGAGUUUGAUGAGGUCACCAUCGGCUACCCAGUCACAGAGGCCGGCCACCUGCAAAGUCUCUACACAGAGAAGGUGCUGUGCCAUACGCGGGCACUGCCUGGUGCCUGGGUGACAGGGCAAUCAGCUGGAGGCUGCCGGAACAACAGUUGCUUUCCCUGCAACCCCAAGUUCUGGUUACGGCUCUUGGAACCCAGUGAGGUGUGUGUGGCUGUCCUUCAGAGACCCCGGAGGCGCUUAGUGGGCCAGACCCGGGCACUGGCGGGUGCCAGCCCUGCACCAGUGAACCUCCCAGGCAAAGACUACCAGGCUGUGGGCCUGCACAUCUGGAAGACACCUCUGAUACAGCAAGAAGCAGCUGAUUGAAGGCUACCCACCCCAUCCAGAGGUGGAGGCUAGCUCGCUCUCUGCAGCCCCAUCUUCCUCAAGGGAAGAGUUUCCCAUCACACUAGGACUGCUGCUUGCCUUGUGUACUCCACCUAGCUGCCAUCCUCUGAUUCCUCCGUUACAGCCUAACGUGUCUAGGGUACUUUUAGUGUGAGGCAUUUGGUCAAUUUUACCAACUGGUAUCUAUUUCCUAGAACAGGUAGGUCAGGACUGGCUCUUUGCUUAUUACUCAGUGGCCGUAUUUUAAUCUUGUACACCUUGAUACCAUGUGACAACUCACACCACUGUUCAUUAUCCCUCUGUGAGUGUGGCCUGUGUCAUGGGCCUUUCCUCUUGCGAAGAAGUUCCUGGAAAGCACCUUCUGCAGCAUUCCCCAGGCUGCACUGGGCCUCAUUGAAUAUAGCUCUGCAUAUGCCUGUCUGCCCCUUUGACAGAAGCCCUGGGUCUUUGGCAUCUUCCCCUGACUCUAGCAGAGAAUGCUGUGGGCUGCCUAUAGACUUGGACUUUUCAAGUCUCCAGGGAG